CUCACCUUCCUUCCCCUCUUUUUUCUGGCCGGAACCCCCCGCGCUUCAGAUCCGCGGCUCCGCGUCUCGGCCAUGGUGCUGCCUUGGGUGGACCAGGACGAGACUGUGGACAGCAGCGAUGAAGAGGCACUGGACAACAGCGAGGCACGCGUGGGCGGGUACGGGGGCGCCAAGAAGGCAUACCUCAUCGAAGAAGUGGAGCGGCGCGCCAUCACUAUAAAGCAGCUGAGAACCUUGCACAGCUUCCUCCAGUACUUGACCAAGACAGAGGUGCUGAAGCACACCAGCGAGUUCUCGAGGACCACGGGCAUGCACAACAAGCUGAUCCCCUGGACUAGCUUAAACAUGUACGACAUCACCACGGAGGUAAUCAAAAAGGUCAUCCCUCACGUGGACCCCGAGGGCGAGCACAUCGACGAUGAGCGGAGGUGGUACAGCUGGGUGGAGUUCGUCGCUGCGAAGGAGCAGCCGGCGCAGAUCAUGUUGAGCCACUGGUGGGGCGGACGCUUCAUGGACUUUAUGCAGUCGGUGGACAAGAUGGCCCUGGACAGGUCGCUGUCCAUCUACACGCCUAUCUGGAUUUGCACCUUUGCCAACUGCCAGUUCGGGGAGAACUUUGGGUCCAAGCUGAUGGACUGCCCCUUCAUCUGCACCUUGAAGACGGUGAACCUCACCGUUCUGAUUGUGGACUUUCAGGGGGGCUCGUUGACCCGGACCUGGUGCGGCCUGGAGGUGCACUACACCACCCACAACGAGAUCGACUUCGCGCUGUACACCUCCGCGGGGCGCGUGGGUUCCACUUACGUCUCGGGGGGUCCGCUGGUGGAGGCGGUGAAGAACUGGGACAUCCGCACCAGCGAGGCCUCGGACCCGCCCUACCGGCGCCAGAUCUUGAACUACGUGGCCAAGGUGAGCGAGCUGGAGGGCCUCGAGAAGGACGAGGAGGGGCAGCUGGUGCUCGACAACAUGGGCCGGCCCCAGCUGUCCAGCGACGCGCUGGACCCCCACGGGGCCAUGCGCUCCAGCGGCGAGAAGGAGUUCGCGCACGAGGCGAACCUCUUCCGGAAGCACGCGAAGCGUUUCGAGCACCUGAACAUGAUGGUGCGCCUGCGCGUCAUGGCAACCUUGGGCUUGCCGAAGAAGCCCAAGGGCUGCACAGUGGCGGAGGUGGCUUUGCGGGGGGUGACGCUGAACCAGCUGCGUGUGAUGUCGGCCAAGCUCGAGUCGAGUUGUCCCUGGUCAGAGGACGACGAGGAGGAAUGCCCAUGGGGCGACGACCUGAGCCUGGAUGAGGGCCAGUCGUUGUGCUACGAGGAGCUGACGAUCGAGCACGUGGCGGCGUGGAUCAAGUUCCAAACCGCGAUGGUCUGGGAGGGCGAAGGCCCUGGGUCGUACAUGGAGAUCAUCUCCGAUGGGCCCCAGAAGCCUCAGUUUGCGGUGACCUUCUCACAGAGUCAACUCUGGCACGAGCGCAUGAGCGCCAUCGAGGUCUUUGCGGAGGCGCAGCAGCUGCCGGACUCCGCGAUCUUCUUCGUGGAGGUGUGCGGAAGAAAUAUUGGCAGUGGCGACGACGAAGAGGAGUGGAAGCUGAUCCGCACGGAGAGCGAGGGCAUCCUGUGCAUCUUGUCCACCGAGAUGGCUAUGAACGAGAGCGAGGCGGAGCUCUCUAUCGCGCCCCUGGUGAUGCAGGUGAGCAAGGACAAGGGCAUCUUCUUCGCCUCCCCGGGUGGGGUCUUGGCGUGCUCCCAGCCCUUCCGCAACGGCACCUGGGUCCAUGGGGACUUCGAUACCCAGGUGGUCGUGCAGGUUCUGAAGUUGCUGCUGAAGGACAUGGACGAAGACGCCGACGACGUGGACGACAUGGACCUUGCAACCUUCCGAGCGCUGCUGCGGCUGCACCAAUGGCUGGCUGGGCCCUUUCUACGCCGUGCUGCAAAGUUCAACGAUGUGCAGGCCAUCAAGGACAUCUGCUCCUUGCCCGGGCUGCGCCUCACUUCCGACACCAUGAAGGACAACUUGGGCCGCGUGCCGCUGCACGUGGCCAUCGCCUGCGGCUCGCGGGAGGCCAUGAAGGUGCUCCUGGAGGCGAAGAUGGAUCCCAACGUGGAGGAUAACAUGAGCGACCGCCCACUGCACUACGCGGCCCUGGCGGGGCAGGCGGAUCUGGUCCAGGAGCUCGUCGCGGCUGGGGCGGAUGUCUGGUCCGAGAACUGCUUCGGGGAGACCGCUCUGCAGGUGGCCAUGCAGAACCCGGGGGCCUUCGUGGGGGUGAACACCAGCAAGGUCUGCAAGGUCCUCAAGGGCGCCACCAAGACGAUCCCUGAGAGGCAGGCCUUCGAGCUCUUCCGCGCCUUCGUCAAAGACCCGCCCCGCAACUCCGCGGACGCCUCCGCGGGCUCCGCGGCGGCCGCGGCGCGGAAGCUGAAGCGCGGGGGGAGCCGCGUGGACCCUUGAGCCGCGUCAGGCGCGCGUCAGGCGCCGCGUGAGCCCGCGGCCCAAGGAGUCCCCAUGAGCGGCCGAUGUUGGGCCGACCAAAGUCGGCCCCUGAAAAAAACGGGGGGAAGAAACCCAUGGCUGGA